AUGGAGGACUUUGCUGCUCUUAGCCCCUGGGAGCUCUCAGCAGCCCAUUGUCACAGCGAGCCAUUGUUGCCACUGCGAAGGCCCGAAGGUUCGGGUGGUGCAGCACAAUUAACACAGGUGCUGGAGUCUCUAUUACAAAAGGCACAGGGCAGGGCACCAGCUCCUGCAGCAGCUGGGUGUGAAACACCGAGAGAGUCAGACGGACUCUGUGCAACUCCAGGAGUUUCUACAACGAGAGUCAGUAGCUGUAGAGCAAAGGCUUGCGGAACUGCCAGCGCCUCUCCUGCUGCGGAAAGCCCCCCAUUAGGCCUGACCCUCCCACACCAACCACGUAGCCACAAGGUGCAACCGCUCACCGAAUCACGACCAGAGCACCACCAGCAGCAAGCGAAAAGGGAUGGGCCUUCGGAAUCAUCCAGUCGUGUGCAGCGGAAGAGUCCCCCAGCAUGUCAGCGAACUCUCCCUGUGGCUUCUGAGUUACUGCCCCGCACAUCCUCACGGGAACUCGCAGCCCACCCCGAGAGCCCUGUUUUAGUACUCCCGCCUAGCAGGCAGCCGCAAGUACUGAGGACGAUUGUGGCCCAAGAGCAAACGCAGCACGAGGAGGAAUCCCAAGGAUCCCAGAAAGCGCAGUCUGACAAGGAACACAGCGACAAUAUUCAUGACGUGCGCAAAGAGUCGCAAACAACAAGCAGCAGAAUGGCAAAGCCAAUGCCGAACCAAUGCCUCCUAUUUGUAAAUUCACCUGCACAGCCUUCCACCAAGCUGGGAAGGCAUCUUAUUGGCAAGGUGCAGCCUCUCAAGAACUCCCGACUACCACCAGCUCAGACUCGUGGGACCCUUUCUCUCUCACAAACGCUCGUGGUCGCAAGGCAUAAGCAGCAGCAUUUAACACGGCAGAACCACCAAGAGCCGCUCCACUCCAAUAAACCGCAGCAGAAGGCAUUUGUGCAUCCGCGUGGACCCCCUCAGGAAUUCGCACUAACUAAGUCAGCAGAUAGCAGGCGCAGGAAGCUGCCGCGUCCUGUAAGUGCCCCACAUGACUUUCAGGGGAAGAACACCGCAACAGCGGUGACAACUGCAGUCGUUGGGAGGCUAGGGAGAAGCACUAAAUACCCCGCAAGAUUUCGCACGGACGAGGGAAAUGCGUCCUUCCACAGAGUAGAGGCCACCAAACGGGUUUUCUCAAGUCCCGCGGUCUCCCCAGAAAGGGCAGCACCCCCCGUAGAAUCUACAGAUGCAGCCUCAAAGCAACAAUGCCCAGCAUCUGAUGAGCAACGAAGAGCUGCAGGACGGCAAUCAAGUACUGUGUCUCCCAAUGCAGCAGCAGCAGACUCACUUAGCAGUCCCAGCAGCAACUGGUCAGGGAGCGUCAGCUCGGGAGAGGUUAUUGUAACUCCCCUUACCAAGCGGCAAUUUGUCUGCAUGAAUCCAGCAGUUUGGAGUCUUGAGGGCCCGCCGGCCACCAAUUCCUUACUUAAAAAACCCGAGGGCUUGAACAACCCUGCUACACCUGGAGCUCCGUCCACACAUCUUAUGCAGAGCAACGCUGGGCCCCUCGGAUGCCGAGCCCUUAUUCCUGUGAACAGAUCAGGCAGCGUUACGGGUAUGUUUAAGGAGACCCAUCCUUUCAGUUUGUGA